AUGACGAAGUUAUUCUUCCAGAUUGCCAUCAUUACUACUAUUCUUCACUUCACUCGCAGUUCCGAAGAUAGAUACAUUCGUUAUGUAAAAGAUAGCUGCUUCAUAAAAGGCGAAGCGUUAGCAUGCGUCAAAUACAAGGCUUUGAAAAUUGCCAAGAAUACUAUUUUUGGCGAUGUAAAAAAUAACGAGACUAUAGUGGCAAAUGAUGUUAUAAGCUUUGUGCCACUCGAAGAAAACGUAAAUGAAGUUACUCUUAAAGACGAUGACGCGAUACCGGAAGGACCUAGAGGGUUUUUGUCGGAGUGGAGUGAAAUUGCGAAGUAUUUUGUUAGUUUGGUGAAAGAGUUUUUCAAAAUGAGAGGCCUCAGGAUCAAUCUUCCACCAGGUGCCAGGACUAUUGAAGAAGGCGACAGCAAAGAUGAUGGUCGUGGAAAGAAGAAGCGGCUAGCAAUUAUGAUUCCUUUCCUUAACCUUCUGGCGACUCUGAAGACUAAGAUGCUGCUCAUACCGAUUCUACUUGGUGUGAUGCUGAUCAAGAAACUGCUUCUGGUUGCGGCAUUGUUGCUGCCAAGCUUAUUUAGUACAUUGAAGGCUUGUAAGCAACAUCACCCAUCAACCCAUUAUUCAUACUUUGGAAGCGAUUCGUCGGACUACAAUUCGGACUACGCGAAUAACUACGCUUAUUCUUCCGGCGGUGGCUACGGAAAGGACUGGGCUUCGAAUAGAGCCUACACAGCUCCAAAACACCGACCAACAGCAGCGCCAGUAUACAUCACGGCCCCUGGAAAUGUAGCUUAGAGUAGACUUAAAAAAAUAAUUUUUAUCCAUUUCUCUUUUCCUGAUAUUAGAAGUCCCGUUUCUAUGAAGAUUUUAUUAAUUCAAAACUCGACCGAUCUCUUCGGUGGGCGCCAAUAACUAAAUUUAGCAUGUAAGUUUUGUUCUUACAUUUUAAUCUUUCCUUCCGUAAUCGCCAAGUGACCCCUCGGUGCGGUAUGUCAUAGAUCGGCGCGAUUUUGGCGCGCGCAGUGGCCUGUCAAUGCGUAUAAUUUUCACGUGUAUUAAUAGAUUGCUUAUAAUUAAGAUGAUACGAGAGAAUGUAUAAGAUAGAUAUUGAAACAAGCUAUAAGACUAUACAAAAUAAACUAUCUUAUAAACAAAAUGAGAGUCAAAACUUGGACAGGGCGUAGUGUGCCGUACGGCACUUUCGAUUAUGAUGUAUAUGAAAGAUCUAGUGCCAAAGGGCGAUUUGGGAAGGUUAAAUUUCAAAUAUCGAAACGAAUUAUAAUCUCUUUCGGAUUUCAUUGGUUAAUAAGUGUACAGGAAAAUAAACCAUCUUACAAACAAAAUAAUGGUCAGAACUGGGUCCCACCAAUAGAAUAGGGUGCCGUACGGCAUUCUCGAUUUAAGGCUAUCUGUGCACGUAUGACCCUUUUGAUAGACGAAGUAUAGUAAUUUAAGUUAUUUUAUUAAUUCUUAGGUAGGAAACGCAUUUAUAGUAGCGUAAUUAUAAAUGUUAGUUUAAUUUAUUAAAAACUAUUUAUUAUAAUUUAUUAACUUAUAGUUUUAAGUACUUAUUAUUGUUAUAAGUGAAAGCUACUAGAGGGAAUGUGUUUGAUCCUGCCUGUGCCUGUCUACUGUGCCUUCGUAAAGUCCUAACUUAUAAAAAUAAAGUUUUAUUUGAAUUUACCAGUUAGAGGCUAUUUUUUACUGAUGCCUUUUUCUCUGCCAAUAUCUACGUAUCCCUAGACAAGAACACCAGAGAGAAUUUUUUGCCGGGUGUAUUAUUAAUUGUUGUUGGUUCUUAUAGCCAUAG